CUGACAACGCGCAUUUGUGACGUCAUAAAUAAGCGACGUUCAAACGGUUCAGUACCACAAAUUUGAAGUAGUGUAUUUCUUUCUUCAAAUGUAGUGAUUUUUAUUGGAUUAAAUAUUCUCAGCGUGAUCUAACUGUAAACACCGUCGGGCGCCGUGAACACACUGUGCUGUUGGGGAUCAGAAAUGUGUUUUAUAAUCAGUUAAAACCGGAAARACAACAUUACUUUUUAUGUUUCGAUAAAAUAGACWGCUGUAAUGGCAUCAGAAGAAGAAAUUAAUCUGCUGGUCAUCGUCGUGGAUGUAAAUCCUAUAUGGUGGGGUCAGCAAGCUCAGCGUGAACCAGAGUUUACUUUGUCCAAGUGUAUGGAUGCAGUCAUGGUGAUGGGAAACGCUCAUACAGCUAUGAACAGGACAAACAAGCUGGCCGUCAUUGCUAGUCACUGUCAAGACAGUCACUUCCUGUAUCCCACUACGAGUAUGAAAGCUGGGGACGGUGGUGGUGACGAAGCAUCCUCCAGCAAGGAUGGAAAAUAUGAACUCCUGUCUGUCGCUAACAGUAUUAUUGCUGAAGAGAUCAAGAAUCUUAUGUCAAAAACUCAAGUGACGGGAAACUCAACAGAUACUUUGCUGGCGGGAUCCCUUGCUAAAGCUCUCUGCUAUAUCAACAGAGUCUUAAAAGAGCUGGAAGUUGGACAGGACAUUAAAUCAAGAAUAUUGGUGAUAAAAGCGGCCGAGGACUGCGCCCGGCAGUACAUGAACUUCAUGAAUGUGAUUUUUGCUGCACAAAAACAGAGCAUCCUAAUAGAUGCCUGUGUGUUGGACUCUGACUCAGGCCUCCUUCAACAGGCUUGUGAUAUAACUGGAGGCUUAUAUCUGAAAAUACCGCAGAAAGUAGCCCUGGCACAAUAUCUUCUGUGGGUGUUCCUGCCUGACUCGGAGCAGCGCUCUCAGCUGGUGCUGCCGCCGCCCGCACACGUGGACUACAGGGCCGCCUGUUUCUGCCACCGGAACCUCAUCGAAAUCGGUUACGUGUGCUCCGUUUGUUUGUCAAUUUUCUGCAACUUCAGUCCCAUUUGCACAACAUGCGAGACUGCCUUUAAAAUCCAACUACCACAGAUGGUCAARCCCAAAAAGAAGAAACUGAAGCUGCCAGCAUGAGAUGUUUCCAUCGUACCAAACAUGACUGAUGUUACAUUAACACCCAGAUCAGUAUUUCUUCUCUGAAGGAGUAAUAAUUUUUCAGACAGAUUUUGUUAAAACGACUAUGUGAACUAUAUUAAACACAUAUUAUACAAUUUGACACAUCACCUCGGUAUUUGUUGACAAGUCUCAAUUAUUUUAUGUUGAUAAAAGAUGUGCAUUGAAAUCUUUGUAAUGGCUUAAAAAAUGUAAUGAUGUUUUUAUUAAAUCAUUAAAUUUUCUAAAAUAUUGUCAA